AGGUUUCAUCUAUUCCUUUCUGCAUUAUUUUGAUGGACACUUUAUAAGUGUAAUGGGUGCAUUAGGACAGCAUCCAAUUAAAGCAAGUAAAUUUUUAUCAUUUAUUCUCCAUGCAUCCUAGACACCUCACACAAUUACAUACACUGUUUCGUGUUCUCCAAUAAGGAUAUGCCAAGCUGGUCUUUAUCAACGUGCAAAGUCACAAUCGCUGCACACAGUCUUGCAUUACACUUUGAACAACAUACAACUAAACUCUUCUAAGUCACUGUAAUUGCUAAGUUUCAUAUUCUUUGAUGACUUUCAUGAUGAUUUCAUGCAUUCCAAAGGUUUUCUUUCAGAGCUCUCAAAAAUAUUUCCCUCCUGCUCAGGUCUUAACCCUCUACAAUGCUUAAGGACAACUCGUAUUAGAUUACUGUGCACAUAUUUGGAAGAAUGCUACUGUCACACACACACAAGCAUUUCAGACUGGAUAACAAAAAGGACCAUCUACUUGAUUGGCAAAGACACACUCAACUACAAUGACUGGCUCAUAGAUAUGUUGUUCUUUCUCUCUGUUCCUUCAACCACAACUACAACAACCUCUGUUUCUCAGGAUUUGUAAACUGCAUGCUACACCUGUCACAUGUUCCUGCCUCUCUACCUCUUGUAACAUUACUGCGUUUCACUUUACUCCAGAUUCCACACAAAACACUUUGUUCAAUUUUUCCGUUUCAUAAUUACAAUCUUGUAGAAUUCUCUUCCUAUAUUUGUUGCUUAAUCAUUAUGAAACAGACUUAUCAUCAAAGGAGAUUCAGCUGCAAAUACCAAAACUUCCUAUCAGGCAUGAUGCAUCAAGAGCUACAUUAUUCAGUGUGUCCUUUGCUGGCUCCAUUUUCCUAUAGGCAACAAUUUACAUCGGCAAUAUUGGUUCUCAUCAAUCUGAGAGGACCCAUAUAGGCUACAAUCACAGCCCAUCCUUAGAUGACUAAUCUGAAAAAUAAUUGUGUGUCAAUAACAGAUGAGCAUAACCUAACUGGCAAGCACACACGUAUCCUGUACCAAAUUAUCUUCAGAAAUGUUACCAGUGUGUUGAAAAUACCAAAAAAAAAAAAAAAAAAGAUAUACAAUUAUGGAUUCUGUGAAUGAUGUUCUGUCAACAUAACUGACAAAAUAAUUGAGACAUUGUUUAAACACUAAUGAUUAGCAGCUAAUCGACAGAGUCUAAUGAACAAAUAAUACAUUAUGAGGCAUAGGAAUACACACACACACACACACGCACACACACACACAUGCAUGCACACAAACACAAACAUAGAAAUGUAUAAAAUAUACAUACACAUAUUUAUAUACAGCUUGAAUAUAAAUUUAUACAGAUAAAGGUAUGUAUACAAACAAGCCCAAACUUAUGCAUUAUCUUUAAAAUGUAUUACACAUACAUUUACAUAUAAAAACACAUUCAUAUGAAUAGAUAUAUAUAUAUAUAUAAAAUACAGACACACACAUGUAUAUAGUAUAUGUGUGUGUGAGUUUAUAUUUGUCCAACAUGGCAGUAAAGAUAUCUUAUAUCUUUAUAUUUCUCUCCUUAAUCUCUUUACUAUUUAUGAUGUAUUACAAAACAGAUAUAAAAAAUACAAACAUUUUCAAAAUUGGACAUAUCAAAGAAAGAGGAAAUUGCUUCAAAAUCCUUCUAGAUGGAGAACUUAUUGUGAAAGAAUGUUACAUGGACAGAGCUAAUAAUACUGUAUUCAAAAUUCUACAGGAAAGUGGAUUAACAAUCAAUUUGAGAAAAGCUCAUCUUGGCUCAUUCAAGCCAUUUGAUCUCACACCUAAAAGUAAUAAUAUUAUACAGACUUUUACCCAUUAUCUUCCCUAUUCAGAAAAAGUAGUUUUCCUUUAUGUUUUCCAAAAUUUCAUAGAUAUCUGUUCACAAAAUAAUAUAACAUUUUUUAUGAAAAGCGGAACUCUUCUUGGCUCUUAUCGCCAUCAUGGACUUAUACCUUGGGAUGAUGACAUAGACAUUUAUGUCAAGCAUUCUCACAAAAACAUCCUAAUUAAUAGUGUAAAAAAGCAAAAGGACUUUUAUCUAUUCACCCCAGCAAAUUUUCAGUGGAAAUAUUAUCAUAAAAAACUUUCAGUGCCUAUUCGCAUGAAUAUUCCAUUCAAGUGGCCAUACCUUGAUAUAUUCUUUUGGCACACAGAUGAAAAGUCUUUCUAUGAUGCUACAAGAUCCACAAAAGUGACAAUAUCAAAACGUGGAUGGAUAUUUCCUCUUACAAAAAGACCAUUCGAAGGUGCCUUAAUAAACAGCCCAAGAGAAACAGUCAAAUACUUGAAGAUUGAAUAUGAUGUGAAUAAGUGUUGCCAGAAUUCCUACUCACAUAGGUAUGAACGUUUAUCAAGAUGGAAUAUUUGUGUUCAGUGCUCAAAACUCUGGGAAAAUAUACCAUACGUGCAACAUGAAAAUCUUUCAAAUUGUACAACAUCUGAGAAGCUAAUAUAUAAAAAUAGCACCAUCAGUUUAUUUAAUGACACAAUCUGUUGACAAUACAGUCAAGAAUCUUAAAAGCACCACUUUCUCUUCAUGGCGAUGUGUACUGGACAUCAUUUUAUGGAAGACACUUACAUAUACUGGACAUUCAUAUCUUGUCUUUGGUAUGAGAGACCAUCAUUGAAUGUACUUACUUUGCCUGAAUGACUGUUCACAUCUAAGAAACUCAGUGAAUCAACAGUUCUGGAAGAAUAAAGAAACUGAGUAAUCUUCUUCCUUCAUCUUUACAUCUUUAUACAUGCAUACAUACAUCAUCAUCGCUUUAACAUUCACUUUGUCGUGCUUGCCUGGGUCAGACAUGUUCUCACAGAAUAUUGGAAAUGACUGACACUGCUUAUAUGACAGUGACACUCAUUUACAAAUAUCACAUAAUGUCAAGACAAGGAGAUGCUAACAGGCACACACAUAUAUACAUAAAUACAUGUGUUGUGUGUGUGUGUAUAUAUAUAUAUAUAUAUAUAUAUAUAUAUAUGGAAAAAAAAGUCAAGGUAGAAAAUGCUAAAAUAAUUUUAUAAAAAACAUUUCAGUACUGGUUUCAAUCAUUGAGCCUUUUUCAACUGUAAGUAUAGAAAACAAUUAAAUUUUGGAAAAAUUAAAAGAAAAGUCUUUUAAAAUAAUAUUUGCAUAGUAUUCAAAUACAAGGGGCAUUUUCCUUGUUUCUGCCUGUCUCUGUCUCUCUUGUUUACUCUUACGGGUUCGAGAAAUAUGUAUGUAUGACAGGUUUUUUUCAGUUUCUGUCCACCAAAUCCACUCAUAUAUAUAUAUAUAUAUCUUUAUUCGGUUGACCAGGGGUUAUAAUAAAAGGUGCCAAGAAGUAGGACUGAACCUAAAUCCAUGUGGUUGGGAAGCAAACUUCUUAGCCACAGAACUACACCAGCACCUAUGGACUUUAUCAAAUGCAUACAUAUGUAAAUACACUUACACACAUAUAUACAGAUAAAGUUCAAAGGCCUUUUCUAUAUGUAUAUAAAUAAAUAAAAAAGUAAUGCUUCCGUUACUUCUGCUUAAUUUUCUUUCUAUCAUUAUUAAUACACUAGCCUGUACACUAAUGAGAACUUUUAUUCCUAGAUAUAUAUAUGCAACGUUUUGAACCAUGAAGAAUUUGUACUGGAUUUUGGCAGAGUUUUGAAAUUUUUUAAAACAUUUUUUUGCAAUUGUCUGAUAAUACAGUCACAAACUUGCCCAAUGCAUCAAUAAAUUAACAUUGAUAUUUGUUUCACCAUUGUCAAAAUCAUCUGAAAUGGAACUGUCAAAGCAUGCUAUUUGAGCAAUUUUGCUAUUCAGCUUAAAAAAAAAAAACAUCAAGUAGCUGAAACUGCUUGCGAUAUCAGCAAAACAUUUGUUGAGGAAAUGAUCAGAGAGUGGUUAGCUCGAAAAUGAUUUAAACAAUUUUGAGACCUGAGCCUUGAAGAUUGAUGACGGUCAAUUAAAGACCAUUGUUGAGAAAGAUCCAUGUAAAACCACUCGAGAACUGGCAAAAGAACUUUAAGUUAGCCAAAAAACUCCCUGCAACCAUUUGCAUGCAAUUGGAAAAUCAAAAAAAGCUCAACAAAUGGGUACCACAUGAUUUGAAUGAAAAUCAGAAAAUGUGCAGAUAUAAAAUUUGCUCAUCGCUUCUUCUCCAUAACCAGAUCGAUUCAUUUCUCAACCAUAUUGUAACUUACGAUGAAAAGUGGAUUCUGUACAAUAAUAAAAUCAUUCUUCACAGUGGUUGGACCAAAAUGAAGCACCGCAAACCUUCCCUAAACCCGAGCUAUUCAAAAAGAAGGUUAUGGUGACUGUUUGGUGGUGUACUGCUGGACUCAUCCACUAUAACUUCUUAAAACCCAGGUAAACCAUUACUGCAGAAAUAUAUUGCCAUGAAAUUGUCAAAAUAAACAAAAAACUGCUACUCCUCCAUUUCAGACUGGUCAAUAGAAGUGGACAAUGCUUGACCACACGUUUCCCUAAUGACACUCCAGAAGUUGAGGGAACUUGGCUACGAAGUUCUUCCCCACCCAGCUUAUAUCUCAGACCUUUCUCCUAUCAACUACCACUUUUUCAAGCACCUUGAUGGUUUCCUGUGAGAGGAGUUCAAAAUAUCAAGCCAAGACUAAUAGUGCAUUCAAAGAGUUCAUCAGCUCCAGAACUCCAGAUUUUUAUGUUACUGGAAUUAAACUUGUAACUUGCUGGCAAAAAUAUGUUGAUUGUAAUGCCACUUAGUUUGAUGAAUAAAAUUUCUGCAUUGUUGAAA